UUAGGUAAAAUUUUGCUUAUAAGCAUUGUUAGACUAUUGGGCUGUCUUGACUGAUCACCCAGGCUUAAGAAGCAGAGUUCUUUGCUUCCUGGUUCACCAUGGCUAAAAUGCUGAUUUACUGGUCUCAGACACUUCCCAGCUGGGUGACCCUGGGCAAGUCACUUGACCCCCAUUGCCUAGUCCUGACCACUCUUCUGCCUUGGAGCCAAUACACAGUAGUGAUUCUAAGAUGGAAGGUGAGGGUUUAAAAGAAAAUAAAAUGCUGAUUGAGUGCACCAUACUCUGAAAUCUAUAGCUCAUAGAGUAGGUGGGCUGAAAGAAGCUAUAAGGUCACCUUAGCCAAGCCUUCCCCUUUAUAUAUGAGGACAUGAAGGCCCAGCAGGGUUGGGAUCUGUGCCACAGUUUGUGACAGAGAGGCAGAACCAGAACUCAGAACUCCUACCUCCCAGUCUAGGGACUCUGCACUAUACCUGAUGGGCGGUCUGCCACCUUAGAGGAAUUGGGCCGCGGUGUUUGAAGAGGGAACUUGUGGAAAGGGCACUGGGAAGAACACUGGGCCCUAGUCAAAUGACUUGAUGUCGGUUACUCUGAAAUUCUGCCGGUUGACCCAGUGUUGCCUCUCCAGGGGAAGAAAGAAGCCAGAAGGCCUGGAAGCAUUUAUUGAAAGCCUGUGGCACCUUCUUUCUGAUUGAAACCCAGAGGGAAGUGGCUGAUCAGAGAAAAUGAGGGGGGCCGGGGAAGGGACUCAAAGGAAGGGCCAGGAGGAGCAAGCACCCUGUUGACUCUUGGCUGCGGUGUCUUCCUCACAGCUGGCAUCUUGUACGAUGCAAACUGGCUUUUCCCCAUAAUCCAUCUCAGGGCCAGUGGAGCCCAGAUUAGAGAUGCUGGAAAAGUCUUCUCAUUUAGGUGGAGAUUCUCUAGAUCUAGUGUCUGUCCCCUCCCCCGUGGAACAAGUCAGGCUUUGGGGAAAGCUGUGUUCUGCCUGGCUCUAGGAGAGAUCUUAUGCAGACCAGUCCUCUUGUGUUCCUUGCAGUCAGUGAAGUGGUGGCGGAAGCGUGUAUAGACUGUCACAGGCCCACACUGGCCCCGCUGGGUCUGGGGGUGGGGUGGCAAGUUCUGUCUCUCCCCAAGCAUUUCUAGAGUUCACCAGCCCCAUUCUGUGGCAGCCCCAGGUACUGCUGAGGGAAGGAAGAGCCAGGCCCCCUUCCGGGGCUGGGGUUGCACACCCUUAACCAAUGAGAAGCCCUCCUUGCUCUAAAGCCAUUGGCUCACAGGCAUCGAGUGACAAGGAAGAGCUCCUGGGUGAGGCUGUGCCCCAGUCGAAGAAGAGAAGAUGGGACCUCAAAUAUCACCAAAGGAGAGUGGCUUGGGAAGGUUGCCCCAGAGAUGUGGGUAAUGCAGCCCUUGGCCCAAGUAACAUCAGGCUCCAGGUUCACCCUGGGAAAGUCCUGCUAGUGGAGCAGUUUCUUUCCUGACCACAGGAGGGGACUUGCUGUACAGACAGUUGGACUCCCUCUCUUGUGUUGGUGAAUAAGCUUUGUUCCCACGAUGCCCAGCAAAACUGACUCUUGGCUCUCCUUCCUUCUUCCUGAGACCAUAAGCCUCCUGGCCUCUCCUGUUCUGUUCCAGGCCCAACUGAUGAUGGGAACACCAAAGUUACUGGCGGGCAGCCAGCCCAUUCCUGCCUCUUCCCAGGAUGUUUGAUUUUGCCUGGUCUGUGGAGUGGGUUGGUUCUCUGGUGUGUGCAGUGGGCCUCUGCCCCACGGACAGGGCGGUGCUUGGAAACAGGAAAGCGUGAUCUCCCCUCCUCCUCAUCCCCUCCUGCCAAGCAGACUGGAGUUAGAGAGCAGGAGCUUGCCCGACUUGCCUGCCGCUGCUCCCCAUGACGGCAGAGAUCUGGGGGAAGAUUAAUGGACGUCCGGCCCUCGGACACCUGGACGCCAAGCCCAGCAGUAAGGCCAACAUGCUCCGUGGCCGCAACUCAGCCACCUCUGCUGACGAGCAGCCACAUAUCGGCAAUUAUAGGCUCCUCAAGACCAUAGGCAAGGGCAACUUCGCUAAGGUUAAGCUGGCCCGGCAUGUCCUAACCGGCAAGGAGGUGGCGGUGAAGAUCAUUGACAAGACCCAACUCAAUUCUUCCAGCCUCCAGAAACUGUUCCGGGAAGUAAGAAUAAUGAAGGUUUUGAAUCAUCCCAAUAUAGUUAAAUUAUUUGAAGUGAUUGAGACAGAGAAGACACUUUAUCUUGUGAUGGAGUAUGCUAGUGGAGGAGAGGUAUUUGAUUACCUGGUAGCUCAUGGGAGGAUGAAGGAGAAAGAGGCCCGAGCCAAGUUUCGACAGAUAGUGUCGGCUGUACAGUACUGUCACCAGAAGUUCAUUGUGCAUAGAGACUUGAAGGCAGAAAACUUGCUCCUGGAUGCUGACAUGAACAUCAAAAUUGCUGACUUUGGCUUCAGUAACGAGUUUACCUUUGGCACAAAGCUGGACACUUUCUGUGGCAGUCCCCCCUAUGCUGCCCCAGAACUCUUCCAGGGCAAGAAGUACGAUGGGCCUGAGGUGGACGUCUGGAGCCUCGGGGUCAUCCUCUACACGCUGGUCAGCGGCUCCCUGCCUUUUGACGGCCAGAACCUCAAGGAGCUUCGAGAGCGGGUUCUUCGAGGGAAGUACCGGAUCCCAUUCUACAUGUCCACAGACUGUGAGAACCUGCUUAAAAAAUUCCUCAUUCUCAAUCCUAGCAAGAGGGGCACAUUAGAGCAAAUCAUGAAAGAUCGGUGGAUGAAUGUGGGGCAUGAGGAAGAUGAGCUCAAGCCAUAUGUAGAGCCCCUGCCAGACUACAAGGACCCCCGACGGACAGAGCUGAUGGUUUCCAUGGGCUACACUCGAGAAGAGAUCCAGGACUCACUGGUGAGCCAGAAAUACAAUGAGGUGAUGGCCACCUACCUGCUCCUGGGCUAUAAGAGCUCCGAGUUGGAGGGUGACACAAUCACAUUGAAGCCACGACCGUCAGCAGAAUUAACCAACAGCAGUGUCCCAUCCCCAUCCCAUAAGGUACAGCGGAGCGUCUCUGCCAACCCAAAGCAGCGGCGCUUCAGUGAUCAGGCUGGUCCUGCCAUCCCCACCUCCAACUCCUACUCAAAGAAAACCCAGAGUAACAAUGCAGAGAACAAGCGGCCUGACGAGGAGCGAGAAUCUGGGCGAAAAGCUAGCAGCACCGCCAAGGUGCCCGCCAGCCCCCUGCCUGGCCUUGAAAGGAAGAAGACCACCCCGACCCCCUCCACGAAUAGCGUGCUCUCCACCAGCACUAACAGGAGUCGGAACUCCCCGCUAUUAGAGCGGGCCAGCCUAGGCCAAAGCUCCGUCCAGAAUGGCAAGGACAGCCUAACCAUGCCGGGCUCCCGGGCCUCCACAGCCUCUGCCUCCGCCGCUGUCUCUGCGGCCCGGCCCCGCCAACACCAGAAGUCCAUGUCAGCCUCCGUGCACCCCAACAAGGCCUCGGGGCUGCCCCCGACAGACAGUAACUGUGAGGUGCCCAGGCCCAGCACAGCUCCCCAGAGGGUCCCUGUGGCCUCCCCCUCAGCCCACAACAUCAGUAGCAGUGGGGGAGCCCCAGAACGGACCAACUUCCCCCGGGGUGUGUCAAGCAGAAGCACCUUCCACGCCGGGCAGCUGCGCCAGGUGCGGGAUCAACAGAACCUGCCCUACGGGGUCACCCCUGCCUCUCCUUCCGGCCACAGCCAAGGCCGACGAGGGGCCUCGGGCAGCAUCUUCAGCAAGUUCACCUCCAAGUUUGUUCGCAGAAAUCUGUCUUUCAGGUUUGCCAGAAGGAACCUGAAUGAACCCGAAAGCAAAGACCGAGUGGAAACCCUCAGACCGCACAUGGUGGGCGGCGGGGGCAGCGACAAGGACAAGGACGAAAACCGAGAGGCCAAGCCGCGCUCGCUGCGCUUCACCUGGAGCAUGAAGACCACCAGCUCCAUGGAGCCCAACGAGAUGAUGCGGGAGAUCCGCAAGGUGCUGGACGCUAACAACUGCCAGUGCGAGCUGCAGGAGAGGUUCAUGCUGCUCUGCAUGCACGGGACGCCCGGCCACGAGACCUUCGUGCAGUGGGAGAUGGAGGUGUGCAAGCUGCCGCGCCUCUCCCUCAACGGGGUGCGCUUCAAGCGCAUCUCGGGCACCUCCAUGGCCUUUAAGAACAUCGCCUCCAAGAUUGCCAACGAGCUCAAGCUUUAACAGGCUGCCGGGGGGCCGGAGCAGCCCCGGCGGCGCCCCCUCCCCAGGACCAGAGGGCCGGGGCCGGGGCCGGGGCCGGAGCUGGGCCUGCCCCCCCUUUCCUUUCCAGUUUUUUCCUCCGCAUUUGUGGGGGAGGGAAGGUUGUUCCCCCUCCCCCCCACAGCCCCCCGACAAGAAACAAGGAAUGUGGGGGCGGGGUACCCCGGGUACUGCGGUUGCACAGAGUAUUUCGCCGAAACCAAGAAUUUUUUUAUUACCAAAAAAAAAAAAAAGCACCGGACACCUCCUUGCCCUUCUCCUGGGGUAGUGCAGACUCCUGAUGGCAUUUCCUCACGCCUGGAUCCCCUCUUCCCAGAGAGGGACGGGGGUUGGCUGCCCCUCACCCGCCAGACUGGGCCAGUCGAGGUCUUGCCCUGCCCCCCAUCUUCUCCUCUAUAAACCACCAGGGGUUGCCUUUCUAGCCUCGGCCCCAGCAUCGAGGCCUGGGAGGGGGGCGGUGCUGGGGGCAGGUGGGGGGGUCUACUUUCGGUGCCAUUUCCUCCUGCCCCCCUCCGCUGGGCAUUCACUUUCCACAAGCUGCUGUUGGGGGGCGGGGAGGAGCCUUUCUCCCUCGACCUCCCCUCCCCUAAGGAAGCUUGGGCCUCCGAGGCCAUCCACAGGGUCAAUUCCUGGCUCCCCCCCUGCCAAAUGUCUAGGGAACAUGGGUGUGGGGACGGCAGGAAGGGCCGGGGAGGACAGCCCCUCCCCCAUCUCAUUGGCAUUAAGUGGGCAGUGGCCGGGCGGCCGGCGGCAGCGGCGGCUGCUUCUCUCUCCAUCUCGGUUCUUUGCUUCUCGUUGCUGGCCCGGGCCCUGCAGCUCUGGGGUCAGGGUGCCCGGGCUGCGGGUCUGAGCCCUGGGGCGUCCUCGGGCGAGCUCACAGCCUCCCCCAGAUGGAGGCGGGAAGAGGACCGGGGCGCGAGCUGGUGGCGGCCGCUGCAUCCCUUAAUUUAUUUCUCUGCUGUUUCUGUUCUUGAGAAAUGAGGUGGGGGAGGGAGGGCUGCGCACACAGGCUGCUCCCGCCCGCACCCGAGUUGUACAUUUUUGUGAUGGGUUUUAUUUUUUAUUAUUAUUAUUUUAUUUUUUGUUUUUUUUUGUUUUUGAUUUAUGAUGCCUUCCCUUUAUACCUCCCUGUCACCCCCAGCCCGAGGCUCAGCAGCGAGCAGAGCCUCUGGGGGCCUGGAAGGGCGCCUCCACAAGCCCCCUGCCGCCCCAGAGGAGGGCUCCGACUCCAGACCAAGGGCUUCCCCUCCCCCUCCCCCUCGGAGCCCACCCAGGGUGGGACCAGCUCAGCUUCUGAGGGGCGGGGGCUGGGGGGGCCCAGGGACCGCCGUCGGCCCCCCUUGCCCUCCCCCGCCCUCACAGCUCCCCCUUCCCAUACUUAGUUUCUCCUCUGGAUCAGACACACGUAAUAAAGAGAAUGUUUGGAAUCUGA